UGUGCUGCCAUCCCCGUGUGCCCCAUGUCCUGCCAUCCCCGGUGUCCCGUGUCCCCUGCGUGAUGCCCUCCCCUGUGUCCCCCGUGUGCCGCCGUCCCCCGCUGUCUCCUUGUCCCUUCUGUGCUGCCGUCUCCGGUGUCCCUCGUCCCUGUGUCCCCCCCCAUCCCGUGUCCCCGUCUGCCCCUCCUUGUCUCACCCGUGUCCCCGUCCCUCCCCCGCGGUCUCCCGUCCCCGUCCCGCCCCGUGCUCCCAGGCUGCCCCGCGGUGGGGCCAUGGCGCCUCUGGCCGACCUCUACCAGCUCACCAUGGCCUACGGGCACUGGCGGGCCGGCCGCCACCGCGUCCCCGCCGCCGCCGAGCUCUUCUUCCGCCGCGGGCCCUUCGGCGGGGCCCUGGCCCUGGCCGCCGGCCUGGCCGAGGGGCUGCGCGGCCUCCGCGCCUUCCGCUUCUCCGCCGCCGACGUCGCCUACCUGCGCUCCGUCCUGCCCAGCACCACAGAGGACGCCUUCUUCGAUUACCUGGCCACCCUGGACGCCUCGGAGGUGACAGUGUCUGCCAUGCCGGAGGGCUCCGUCGUCUUCGCCAGGGUCCCGUUCCUGCAGGUGAAGGGUCCGCUGCUGGUGGUGCAGCUACUGGAGACCACGUUGCUGUGCCUGGUCAACUACGCCAGCCUGGUAGCCACCAACGCCGCCCGCUUCCGACUCCUUGCCGGUCCGGACAUGAAGCUGAUGGAGAUUGGGCUCCGUCGCGCUCAGGGGCCAGACGGUGCCCUUUCGGCCUCCAAGUACUCCUACAUCGGGGGCUUCGACUACACCAGCAACAUCCUGGCGGGGAAACUCUACGGCAUCCCGGUGUGCGGCACCAUCGCCCACUCCUUCAUCAUGUCCUUCACCUCGCUGGAGGAGGUGCAGCCCCGGGAGCUGUCACCUCUGGCAGGAGGAGAACCAGUGGAUCUGCCGGGCCUGGCCGAGCGGUGGCUGCAGAGGGUGUGCGAGCUGCUGCGGACCCCCCCGGAGAAGGCGAACCAGGGCGAGCUGGCCGCCUUCGUGUCCUACGCCGCCACCUUCCCACGGGACUUCCAGGGGCUGCUGGACACCUACUGCGUCAGGAGGAGCGGCUUGCCCAACUUCUGUGCGGUGGCGCUGGCCCUGCACCAGCUGGGCUACCGGGCCAUCGGGGUGCGGCUGGACAGCGGGGACCUGGCCCAACAGUCCAAGGAGAUCCGCCGAGUGCUCCGAGCCUGCGGUGCUCACUUCCAGGUGCCCUGGUUUGAGACCAUCCCCAUCGCCGUCAGCAACGACAUCAGCGAGCAGAGCCUGGAGGAGUUCAGCCGGGAGGGGAGUGAGAUCAACGUGAUCGGCGUUGGGACGAACCUGGUGACGUGUCCCCUGCAGCCGUCGCUGGGCUGCGUUUACAAGCUGGUGGAGGUCAACGGCUCCCCAUGCCUGAAGCUCACAGAAGAUGAGGAGAAGAUGACGAUCCCAGGGACUAAGACCAUCUAUCGGCUCUAUGAUGCUGCUGGUCACCCCUUCAUGGACCUCAUGGCCCUGGAGGAGGAGCCCUCGCCCAGUGUGGGGCAGGAGCUGGCAGUCCGUGUCCUGGGACAACUUGGUGAGACCAGUAAGGUCGUACCCACCACCGUGGAGCCCCUCCAUCGCACGUACUUCAGAGAUGGCCAGGUGUGUGAGCCCCUGCCCAGCCUGCCGGAGGUGAGGAGCCACGCGCAGGCAUCCCUCAACCUGCUCAGCCCCGCUCACCGCCGGCUCCACCAGCCACAGCCCUACCCGGUGGCUGUGUCGGAGAGGCUGCACGGCCUCCUCACCAAGCUGCGGCAGGCCAGCCAGUGACAGCGUCCCCGCUUGUCCCCCGCGCUCCCCACACCGGGCACAGCCCCCGCCUGGGACCAGCUCUUCCUCUGCGCUCUUUUGAAGACCAGGUGACUAAUUGGGAAUCAAUGGUUCUAAUGACAUUGCGGCUGCGUGGUGCUGAUCUGAGGACCCUGCAGGAACUGGAAAUGCUCCCCGGGGUCCCAGUAGCAAAGCCAGGCACAGAGGGACGGGGCAGGCGGAGCUGGGAGGCAGCUGUUCCCACAUCCUCUGGAAGUGACGGCCCUUCCCUGCCUUCCUUGGUGGCCCUGCCAGCCCUGCAUCUUCUGCUGUGGCAGUGCUGCCCACCUCAGUGGCCCUCCCAAACUCUGUGCCUUCUGCUGUGGCAGCUCUGCCCGCCUCGGUGGCCCUGCCAGCCCUGUGCCUUCUGCUGUGGCAGCUCUGCCCAGCGUGGUGGCCCUGCCAGCCCUAUGUCUCCUGCUGUGGCAGCUCUGCCCAGCGUGGUGGCCCUGCCAGCCCUGUGCCUUCUGCUGUGGCAGCCCAUGCUGAAGCUCCUCGGUGGCACUAGAGACCAAGACUUGAGUGCACAAGAGGGAGUCCUACCAUGGGAAGGGCCAGCUCGUCCCCCAACCCCCAGGCCAUCCAUGGCAGAUGCACUUUGCCCUUCCUCUUCUAGGCUUUGGCUCUGUGGCCACGUUUCAUCUCUUUCCAGUUUGUACCCAGUCCCUGGGCCGUGGAGCCCAGCUCCAGGUUGAUGCUGGUUCCAGGUUGACCCCGGCUCCAGGUUGACGCCUGCUCUCUCUAACCUGAUGUUCCUAGAGGAAGCGUGGCUCUAAUCCCCGCAAUGAACUGUGUCCUAAGCAAAAAAUGAAAUAAAGGCCUUUACCCACUAUGGCUACGGCCACA